CAGGCGGCCGCGGCAGCGCGGCGGGCAGCGGGGGCGGCCCAGGCCCAUGUCGGGGCGGCGGCAGGAGGCGGCGGCGCUGCCCGCCUGCUUCGCGGGGCUGGGCGCCGGCAGCCCGCGGCCGCGGCAGAAGCGGGGCGGCAUGUUCUGCAGCGUGGCGGACGCCUUCGACAACAAGACGCUGGACUUCGCCUCGCUCGGCGCCCACGGCCCCGGGACCGCCCCCGGCGAGCCCCGCCGCGCUCCCACCCCGGGCCCCGGCUGCGGGGCCGCCCCCCCCGCAGAGCUGCCCGACGGCUGCCCGCAGAGUGACCAGCUUCUAAUCAAAGGAGGAAAAAUUGUCAACGAUGAUCAGUCAUUUUAUGCAGACAUUUAUGUGGAAGACGGUUUGAUAAAACAAAUUGGAGAAAACCUGGUUGUUCCUGGUGGGGUAAAGACAAUUGAUGCCUACAGCCAGAUUGUGAUGCCAGGGGGGAUAGAUGUCCAUACCAGACUGCAGAUGCCCAUCAGGGGGAUGACUUCUGCUGAUGACUUCUACCAAGGCACGAAAGCAGCCCUGGCAGGAGGCACCACAAUGAUCAUUGACCAUGUCUGUGCGGAGCCGGGGACCAGCCUCCUGGCUGCCUACGAGCGGUGCCGUGCGAGCGCCGAUAGCCUGGCCUGCUGCGACUACUCGCUGCACAUCGACAUCCCUCGCUGGCACGAAAGCCUGAAGGAGGAACUGGAAGCCCUGGUGAAGGACAAGGGUGUGAACUCCUUCCUUGUUUUUAUGGCUUACAAAGACAAGCUUCAGUGCACUGAUGCCCAGAUGUAUGAAAUAUUCUGCAUUAUUCGAGACCUGGGGGCCAUUGCCCAAGUGCAUGCUGAGAAUGGAGAUAUCAUCGAUGAGGAGCAAAAGAGGCUGCUGGAACUGGGGAUUACAGGGCCAGAAGGGCAUGUCCUCAGCCGCCCCGAGGAGGUGGAAGCGGAGGCGGUGUACCGUGCAAUUACCAUUGCGAAACAAGCCAACUGCCCCUUGUACAUCACCAAAAUAAUGAGCGGAGGUGCAGCAGAUGUCCUGGCCCAAGCAAAGAGAAAAGGCACGGUUGUGUAUGGAGAGCCCAUUACCGCCAGCCUGGGCACCAAUGGCUCGCACUACUGGAGUAAAAACUGGGCUAAAGCUGCAGCCUUCGUCACGUCUCCUCCCAUCAGCCCAGACCCCACCACACCGGAUCAUCUCACCUCUCUCUUGUCCUGCGGGGACCUGCAGGUUGCGGGCAGCGCUCACUGCACCUUCACCACCGCGCAGAAGGCAGUGGGGAAGGACAACUUCACCCUCAUCCCCGAGGGAACCAACGGCAUCGAAGAGCGGAUGUCAGUAAUUUGGGAAAAGUGUGUGGUCUCCGGGAAGAUGGACGAGAAUGAGUUUGUAGCGGUGACCAGUACCAACGCUGCCAAGAUCUUCAACUGCUACCCCAGGAAGGGGCGCAUUGCUGUGGGCACUGACGCCGAUUUGGUUUUGUGGAACCCCAAGGCUACUAAAAUCAUCUCAGCAAAAACCCACAAUUCGAACGUGGAAUACAACAUAUUUGAAGGCACAGAGUGCCAUGGGGUUCCUACUGUGGUCAUAAGUCAGGGAAAAGUAGUUCUUGAAGAUGGAAACCUGUGUGUCACCCAGGGGUCAGGUCGCUUCAUUCCUAGAAAGACAUUCCCUGAUUUUGUUUAUAAAAGGAUAAAGGCAAGAAACAGGCUGGCCGAAGUCCACGGUGUCCCCAGAGGGCUGUACGACGGGCCGGUCCACGAUGUCCUCGCAAGUGCCAGAGCCAUGGCCCCCACGGCAACAUCCAGGAUCGCACCCUGCGCAGGCAAAGCCCAGGCUCCUCCUGUGCGCAACCUCCAUCAGUCAGGAUUCAGCUUGUCUGGGUCACAGGCAGAUGACCACAUUAUCAGACGCACGGCUCAGAAAAUCAUCGCCCCGCCAGGUGGCCGGUCCAACAUCACCUCGCUCUCCUGACGGGGCAGCCUGGGGGUCCCCCUCAAACUCAGGAGGAAAAGCAAGCGUUUGUCAGCUGCCCCAGCCCCUUCUUCUCGUAGGUAGAAAAUAGAGUAACCCCCGCCCCUGGGAGGUAGUGCUCCCAUCUUGAUUUCUCCCAGUCUGUAUUUCUUCAGUAGCCACUCGGAAAGCCCUUCCCUUGUGCAUGCAGGCACCUGGACCUACACUUGGCAGCAUGCUCGGCCGUGCCGCCGGCUGGCUCGUGGGCAGGGCGAAAGGAAGGUGCAUUCUGGCUGGAAUAUGCUCCUUCCUAGUAGCAUCGACCGGCCUUUCUACUGGAAGGGCUUUUAACCAACGAGCGCUUCUGACUCCUACGGUUUUAAUACAGCCUGUUGCAUCCCGUCUGUCUGCAGCAUUCCCUAGCAGAUCUGGACGCCGCCGUGCUGCGCAGCCUUGGCCGUGUUGCAGCCGCCACUGUCACUGUGCCUUGAGCCAGGGGGCUGUGCGGGACCACAGCGUGUGCAGCCAGCCCUGCGGUGGGGGCAGCCUCAGUGGGGUGGGUACGGGCACCCCAGGGUAGGAGGGUGCUGACAGCUCUGGGACCCGGUGCUGCAGCAGAUGGGCCGGUGGGCUGCAAUCUUUCUGCAAAAAACAAGUUGGGCUUGUUUUUUAAAGAUUAUUUAUACUGUUUUUCAGGAACUGAGUGUAAGUCUUAAAACCAAUAACAAGGGUCCUUUGAAGGCUAGUUGCAUAUGACAAGCUCUUUUAUAAAGUUAUUGUAGCCUGUUUAUUAUAUUUAAAGGUAUGUACAGUAAAGGUGAACCUCUAUGCCACAAAGCUAUGCAUGUACCUCCAGCAGAGUGGCUUGCCAUUCCUUUUCUGUUCCCUUGCUUUGAAUAAAGUUUGUUGGAAAUC